AUCACGGGAUACUACGUGUGCCUGUUAAUUUGAGGUCGAUCGAGAGAGCGAUGAGAAUCAAUAACUGCAGGGGAUUGAUCUUCCUAUGUUGCGUGCUUUCGCUAGGUUUACUUGCAGGAGGUGAAAAUCUCCACAAAUUAAAAGAGAAGCAAAACUGUAACUACACGGUGACAAUAGAAACAACAUGCACUAGGGGUGCCGCAACCUCAAACCGUGUAAGCCUGAGAUUUGGUGACACGAAAUCUAAUGACAUCUUGGUGAAACAUCUAAACUCCAAGCAUGUAAGGAAAGUGGAUCCAUUAGCACCUGAUGUCCUUGAUGAUGUGCCUAGAAAGCCAUUUCAAGCUUGCAAUGUGGACGAAUUUCAAGUAACAGGACAAUGCGUGGAGUCACCUGUUUGUUAUCUGUAUGUCAAAUUGACUGGGAAAGAUGAUUGGCGUCCUGGUUUUGCACAUAUUAGGGCGCUAGAGGGGUCUCAUCACAGCUCAGAAUAUUUCUAUUUUCGACGGUAUCUGCCUAGGAAUGUCUGGCAUGGCUCAGAUAUGUGCGACAGAGAGGUUACCCCUUUUGGGAUUAAGCACAAGAGGAAGGUCUAUCUUUAGAAUUAACACAAUCGAACCUUUAAUGGUGGCAUAAAGAUUAAUGUAUUUAUAUAUAUAAGGUUUAUUUGUCUAUCUAUCAAGUUAAAUAACUUUUUUUCUCU